AUGCUUGAUCGGAUCAACACACGCCUUCGGAAGUCAUUUCGUGACAGUGGCUACAAAUCCAUCUUUAUUGUUCCCCCAAAAGUCCACACGCAAAGAUCAGAUAAGCAAACAGUUCUGGAAGACGGGAGCGAGAAACCAUCGCACAUUAAAGCGCAGCAAACUAGAUCUGAGACGCAGACUCGUAGCUUUACUGGGUCCCAUCAUUCUGAAUACUCUUUCCCACUGGGGCGUGAAACUACUCCGAAAAGUUUGGAUCAUUGCACCACAGCACGCAGUGGUCCGGAUUUUGGAAAGGCUAUAUCGGAUCGUAUGUCUCGGCUAACUCGUUCCUUACGUGUAAAAACCGGUCAACCCAGAAAGUCAGAUGAACUGCCUUCUCAGCCAAGACCAUCCAAGAUAGAAUCAUUGCAUCGCACUGCUAAUGGAGAACUUCGAAGGAAAACCCUAAACAGUGUGCCACGAAAAUCAGGUUUGUUGCCAGCUCCAUCGGUUCUGAUUACGCGCCGAGUCAAAACAACUAAUCGGGCCGUACAAACUGGGGAAAGCAUUGAAGAGCUUCAAGCCUCAACUGCUGACUUGUCUGGCUGUUUUUAUUGUCCGCACUGCGAAGCAAGUAGUGACAAUAAGCUCUGUUGCUCGCACACUGUCGUCACUCGAAAUUUCUUUGUACUUUAUAUCAGACGCAAGGACUCAGAAUACCAGAACAAUAUUGACUGGUUUACCUGGAUUGAAUUCAGUAUCUCUGAGGGCGAGAUGACUGAUCGGAAGGUCAACGGUUCGAACUCGACCUCUGACUCUCGACUUCCCCUGUUUAGGCCCGGGCAAACUGGCAGUAUCACAGCCCUCGUGCUUCCUUCUGGUGGUGUGGCAGCAAGGCACUAA